UCGCGGCGGUGGUGCCUCGCGGCAACCGGCGGCAGGCAGCAUGUCACAGUUCAUGUACUUCGAUGUCGUUCUGCCAUUGCAUUCAAAAUUCUGUUACUAGCCUGUUACUACGAACUAAGCAACUAACCUACACGUAUUAGCAUUUAGCACUAGCUCAAUCACGACUCUUUCAGAAUUCUUGUGGGUGGUUACGAACCAACCAAGUGGGCAGGGCCAUGAAUAAUAGUUUGACAACGCUACGUCACAGUGUCACCUUAUCCAGAUCGGCUCAUUUCUUCUGCCUUUUUCCUUUCAUUGCCUAUUGCAUUCAGCAGACAAACUGCAUAGAUUUCAAACUUACCACAGCUCACAAACUUAUUCAGACCUAUGUUAUUUAACAAACAAUAGGAAAAAUGUGAUUUUAAUGGCAUGGGCUCUUUAAUGACAUAGAAAAUAAAGAUUAGAAAAUAAAACUGAAACCUAUUUUCUGCAUGAUUCCAUAUUGUGUUAUAAUGCAAGCUGCAUUGAUUAUUGCAUUGUUCAUAGAAACUCAUUUUUGUGAUAAAAGCAUUCUCUCUUAUGAAAUAUUAGAUAAGUUAAUUUAUCUGUUGAUGUCUUUAAUGAUCAUCACAAAAGAAGGAAGUGAUUAGCAAACUCUGAGUAGCAAACCCAGAUGUAUACAUAUAUUUUUGAAAAUCACGCAUGGAAAUGUACAUAAAAAAAAUUGUUGAACCGAUAAUCGCUUCAGAAUCUAAUCGUUGACCUCAUAAUCGGAAUCGAAUCGUGAGGUGCCAAGAGAUUCGCUCCCCUAAUUAAAACGCUGCAGUCCUACGUCUUCACGGUGGUAGACAGGGCCGGAGCCAGCCACGCCAACGCCGAUGCCUUGUCCCGACACCCCUGCGCACUGGGAGGGUGCCAGUACUGUGAGCGGAGAGAAGCGCGUGAGAGAGAGCUCCGUAUCGAGGAUGAGACAUGCCCCAUGCACGAGGGGGCCGGACCAGUCUGCCGCAGAAUGCAGAUGGUUGACGCGGCCGAGUGGCAGACACAACAGGAGCAGGAGAUGGACAUACAACCGUUGUGACAGUGGGUUGAGAAGGAUAAUUUUCCUCGCAAGGCGUGUUCCCCAAAGCGUGAGGAGUACGCUUUCUGCCGCUAAUCUAAAUGAAUGGAGGAAUAGCGGAAGAAAGCUCCUCACGCUUUGGUCAGGCAAAGCGUGACACUGAACACAUCUUGUGAGGUGGACCAACGUAUCUAUUUGGCGUGAUACCAGGUUGGUGUGUGUGUGUGUGUGUGUGUGCGUGUGCGCGUGCGUGCGUGCGUGUGUGUGUGCGUGUGACGUAAAAGUUAUUAAGUCAAUGCCCCAUGCACGAGGGGGCCGGACCAGUCUGCCGCAGAAUGCAGAUGGUUGACGCGGCCGAGUGGCAGACACAACAGGAGCAGGACAUGGACAUACAACCGUUGUGACAGUCAAUUCAGGUGUUUAUUGGUCUUUUACAUGCCUAUUUUGUGUGUUGUGUAUUAUUAAUGUCAACUUAUUGACUGUCAGUGUGUUCUUUACACAGAUCUUGUGAGGUUUGUGUGUGUGGUAGACAGAGGUUCCUUGUAUACCCAACCCCACAUAACGUAAUAAUAAGGUUGCGUUUAGGUGUGUAUUUGCCAUUGCAGAAGUAUAUGAUUUAUCAGAUUUCUGGCAAUAUAAGUUUUGGGUGGGUAUUGUUGUAUAUUGAUGUGACUCGGACACAUGCGCUGCUUAGAAUCAAAAACACGUCUUUACUUGUUGUCCGCCAUUAUACAAGUACAUGCAAUUACGUCCUGACGUCAUACAACCUGAACUACGGAAACACACAUAAUACAUUACAUCCCCUUUCUUAAGAUGCUUUGUUUUGCUUUCGUUUUAAAUUAAACUGACACAAAAUAAUGCCUCACUUCUUUGUUGUAGUUAUGACACGUAACAUAAAACAAUGCCUUAAGGUAAAACUUUUUCUUCACGGUUUAACACCAUUCAAAUAAACUUGUAUUGUAUUCUACAGCAUAUCUAACAAAACCAACAACAAAAUGCAUUAUGUUACACUCAUGCAUUAAUAAAUCUACAACAUUCUUUUUUUUUUCUUCUAUUUUUUUUUUUUUUUCCAUUAACACUCAGUAACACAACCUAUGUGACAUACUCAAUCUGCUUGAGUUCGAAGGUAUGUCUAGUCUCUGUAUCUUGCUGGAAUCUUGACUUGUCUCCCAGACCUUGUGUGAUGUAAUUGUAACUGUGCUGGUCCAUCAUGUGAGUCAGUGUCCUGAUUGACCUCUGUGUCGUUGCCUUCUGUGUCAGAUCCAGUGUGUGCCGUUUCAGUGUGUGUGUAUGUGGGAAUGUCCUGCAUCUCUGUAGGUGGAAAUUCCCUCUCGCCUGUCUUCAGUAUGCUUUCUGUUCCUCCUGUAGACUCGUCCAUCUUGUGUGCGAACUAUGAAGGAUCUUGGUAGCUGAUGUAUUUCCACAACCACAGCUGGCUGCCAUGUAUCUCCUUUCUGUACCCUGACAUUUUCACCUGUUCGUAGAUCUGGCAACUUUUGUGUUUGUCUUUCAAAGUAGCUCUUUAGCUUCAUUUGUCUGCACUUCAGAUUGUCUUGAACUUGAGCUCUAUUUUCAGGAGUCAAUAGGUUUUUUUCAGAUGACGUCACACCUUUCCCGCGCUUUCAAGUGGAGGGCAGGAAGUGCUGAGCCAGUGUAAAGAGCGGCAACAAUGCCUAUGUUUUGCUCGGUGUAUCGUUGUUCUAACCGAUCCAACAGAGAGAGAGAAAAAAGCUAUUUUCGCACCCCCAAAGUUGUGCACCAUAAGGGUGAUAAUUUAAGAAAUAUCACGAAGAAGCGCCGCCAGGCAUGGAUUAAAAACCUUCGCUGAAGUCUAGUGGAGUGGAGUCUGGCAAUGCUCGUGUUUGCGGUGAUCACUUUGUGACAGAUGCAGAAUGUCAGACAGACCUGAGCAUGGACGAUCUUGACAAGAUGGAAGACCCUAUGAACCAAGCAUCAGCAGAGCUGAGCGACCUCAGAAUUAAGGCACUGGACACACAAUUUACCCAAGAGGCCUUUCAGAACAACCAAGACAAGACUAAGUUUUACACAGGACUGCCAAAUUUCUUAGUUUUGAUGCAAGUGUUUCAACUAUGUGAGCCAUACAUCCCCUGUAGCCCUUUGUCUGCACUCUCCACAUUUGAACAGCUCAUUUUGGCUUUACUUAGAUUGAGAUUAAAUCUUUCACUCCAGGAUUUGGCCUUCAGGUUCAAGGUUUCCUGUUCCACCGCUUCUAGAAUUUGGCACAAGUUAAUCUGCGUCCUUCAUGAAAGGCUGGAGUUCCUAAUAGAAUUGCCAGAGCGAGAGGUACUGCAAGCGACUAUGCCAAUGUCAUUUAGGCAAGCAUUUGGAUGCAAGGUUGCCGUGAUAGUUGACUGUUUUGAAGUGUUCAUUGAAAGGCCUUCCAAUUUACUUGCGAGAGCACAGACCUGGUCUAGCUACAAACACCACAACACAGUUAAAUUUCUCAUUGGUGUUGCUCCUCAAGGAUAUAUCACCUACAUCAGUCAUGCGUGGGGAGGAAGAGUUAGUGACAAGCAUAUUACUGUAGAGAGCAGCAUUCUAAAGAAUCUGUUGCCUGGAGACAUUGUUCUUGCUGACCGUGGCUUUAAUAUAGGGGAUAGUGUAGGAUUUUACUGUGCUUCAUUGAAGAUGCCAGCUUUCACAAAAGGGAAGAGCCAGCUAUCUGCAUUUGAGGUAGAGGAAACAAGAACAUUUGCUAAUGUUCGUAUUCAUGUAGAAAGGGUCAUAGGAUUAGUGCGAAGAAAAUAUCAAAUUCUGCAGAGCAGGGCAAUGCCCAUUGAAAACAUGUCAGUAAAAAGAGGUAUUUAGCUAGCGUUGAUUGAUAAGAUUGGUGUAAUUUGCUGUGCAUUAACAAAUCUUUGUGACUCUGUUGUCCCACUGGAGUAAAUAUCUUCUAUUGUAUUCUGAAAUGUAAAUAUGCCAUAUCUAAAUGUAAUAUACAUUUUUAUAUAUACUUGUUCAUUCUAUUGUGUAAAGAAUUGUCAAGGAAAUAUAUUUCCUCAUUGGUUGUAUAAAAUGCAUUGCUUAAACAUCCAUGCUGUUUGCUUUUUUUGUGUCCGUAAACUUAAAACCCAAUAUUUUGUUCAUCUUCACAAGUUUUUGCCCUGCUGGCAAGUAAAAAUAGACCAUGCUUUGAAAUCGGACUCCUGACUCUGGUUCAUUAUUUGAAACGUUAUCAGUUUUCCUGAACUAUCGAAUCAGAAUAUUUCUCUAACAAGAAUCCAUAAAUAUUUAAUGCAAUAUAUCUUUGUAAAUAUACUUUUCUCCCCCAUAGAUACAGUAAUGGUGUGUUUUUUUGGAAGUGACGGGGAAACAAGCCAUGAGUAUACGGAAAUGCAUACAGCAAAAAACAGUUUGUAUUGUACUCUAUGGGUGUACAUUUAACACCCAUUUCGGGGUAUAUAUAGGUCCAAGAGUUCAGUGUUGACUGAACACUGUUAGAAGAGCAAAAUAUGUACUCCAAAUUUAGAGUUACAUUUGAACACUUUGAGAGUGCAAAUGUACUCUAUUAGUGGUACUUUUGGGCACUCAUUCAGUGCUUCCUUACACCUGCAGUGUAAACCUAGAACCCCAGAGAGAAAAAAGAUGUACUCCAAGUCAGUGUUUUGUAGCACUUCGCAGAGCUGAUUAUUUAAUACUUCUAGAGUGAGAAUGUACUCUGACUGGUGUACAACCAACACCUUUGAGGUGAAUUAUCAACACUUCAUGAAUGAAUAGUCUACACAUUAGAUUCUUGAAAACAUUAUAUUUUUAUUGAUGCUGCUGUUGUUACAGUGCAUACAUUUAUAAUAUAGUUAACAUUAUAAUUAAACUUAAAUUAUUUUACAUCAAGAACCAUAUUUAGUUUUACAUUUAUAUGAUGGAACCAACAACUUGAAAAUAAAUGUGUCCCUGUCAACCAAUUAAAGUGGAAUUCCGGUGUAUGUUUUGUAUGAUAACGAGUUGAAACGUUAGUUUUGGAGCACAAAAAACGUACAAUAAGGGUAUAAACAUAUAAAACGAGGCAUUGAGAACUUUGUAAGUGCACAGAUUGUUUAUUAAAAAGUACAUUUUAUACACACAAUACCAUCAGUAGAUCACCCGUCGACGCCAUUUUGUUUUCAAGACUCGAUAAGUAGAUUGACAAUCACAGAGAUUGUGACAUCCAUCAGCAACACACAAGCUCUGGCGGCAUGCCAGAGCAUGCCGCCAGAGCUUGUGUGUCGGCAUGCCAGAGCAAAGGUUCAAAAAGUUCUUGUCAAUAAAUAGUCAGCAUCUAAAAAGGUGGCCAAAUACAAACAGGUUAUUAUCAUAGGACCCUUUUUUAAAAAAAAGGGUCCUAUGUUCCCCAGUCUCAUACAAAGAGGGGAACAUAGGACCCGGGGAACAUAGGACCCGGGGAACAUAGACACGCUCCCACUAAAUUGAAGCCACGUGCCUUGUUAGCAUUAGCUAAAAAAUGGUAAAGAGGCGUUAGCUAAAUUGAAGACAUGUGCCUUAUUAGCAUUGGCCAUUAAGUUUGACAUUAGCUAAAAUCGUUAGCAUUUAUAAGUUGGUUAUCAGAUCAAAAAGACGAAGAAAUGCUGAAUAUUCUGCAUUCAGGGUUUCUGCAGGUUUGAACAAGUUAAAUUUAAGACUUUCAUACCACAUUCCUUGGCGAUAUUGAUUCGAUCCUCUAUAGUCAACCGUCUCUGCCGAAACAGUUUGCCGCGUAGUGUGGAAGAGAACAAACGGUCACAUGUCUCUAGAUUCAACCAAUGAGAAGUCAUUGGUUGAAUCAACCGUUGGACACUCAGGGAGUCCAUCAUCCUAAAAUAAACACUUAAAUUACUCUACACCAGCAUUAUACUUAGAGACAACACCCAAGAGUGUUUCUGGUACACCCCAAAAAAUGUACUUGCGCCUAUUCAACACCAAAGUGUAUAAAAUCUACUCUGGUCAUGAGUGUUAAAAAGGAUUUUAACACUUUGGCAUUUGCUGUGCCAUAGUCAACAUUUCAAAGGCACAUACACUUAUGACUCUACGUUUACAAUUAAUGGGUAUAACACACAGAAGUACAAGUCCAUAAAGAUUGAAUAAAAGUAGCUUCAAACUUGAAAUAAAUCAUCAGCAAGUGCUGGAAUACAUGCGAUUAUGAUCACUGAUAGAAUUAAUACAUAAACACAAAAUGUGACAAGAGCUGCCACUAUGCAAACAAACGUGCAACGAGUAAAGAUCCAAAACUUCCAGGACAGACCACAGGUGUCCUCUGGUAAUCACACCUUCCCCUCCACCUGAUCAACUUGCAACUGAAACACAAAAAUGGAACAUAAGACAGGGAGAGGAGGCAUUUAGUCACAUGAUACAUUCAACAAAAAUGUUCUUGUGGAAAAACUAAACACAAAAUCUUUUUGACUAGCACCUUUCACUUUGUAAGUUGCUGUCCCAACACUUCAGGAAGAACAAAUAGACGGAAGAAAGUCUCAACUCUGGGAAUGAUGUUGUCCCACAGGUCAACAUCACGCACAAUUCUCUCUACAAAGAGGUCCUUUUUACUCCAGACAACGAAGUCGCAGUAAUCAACGUCAACGAUGUGGAGCUGAGCCUGUACUUGAUAGAAGUAAGCAUGGCUCCUGUCCAGCUUCACAGUUCCCCCAUCGUUGAUGAGACAGAAGCCCUGGUCCCCAGCACACAGGCGUAGAUUGGCCUCCUCUUCUUUGCUGUGCGGGCACUAAAAGUUCACAAUAAAAACUAGAACUGCAAGCAGUUAUGCAGGGGUCCAAGAAAUGUGCAUUUCGCCGGCACAAUGCGAAGCAUGUGUUCAAAACGCUACCGUGAAACGGUGGAUAUAAAGGUUUUGACAGUGAGAGAUCCUGAGUGUGCUAACGGCUACAUUAGCUGUGAAUUUUUUUUUUAUUUGGUGAAUGCUCAGCGCCACCGUAAGGAUCAUAUUUGUAGACGCAAUAUAAAACCACAAUUUACCUUUAUCUCACAGAUGCCAGUUCCAUAACAGGUGCACGUGACACAUCCAUCCAGUGAUGCUCCCAUGUAUGGCCAUUUAGGAUUCAGCGACAGCCCGAUAUCCUUACAGGAGAAGCUCUGGUGGUGCAGACUUUGCAGUCCUUCAUACUGCUUUCUGGCAGUUGCCUCAUAUUUGCAUCCAUACCUGUAAUGUAUAAAAAUAGGAAUAGGAAAAUAACUUAUUAUUGUACAAUAAUAAUUAGUACAUUUUAGAUGUUCACACCUGUGCUGUCCUAACCUAACCCUUAUCUUUGCCUAAUAAAUACCUUGUUGCUGCUGUAGAAAACUUGUGUGCCUCUGGGUAGCAUAUCGACUUGAUCAAUGACCUUGACGGCUGUAGAAGACUAGUUUGUAGAACCUGCUUCAAUUUCGAGGCUGUUAUCCUUCCUGCUCUUUGGCUAAACCAUAGAGUUGAUGAGCUCUGGUUUCUGGUCUCCUCCUCUACUGCCUGGACCUGUAACUGUGUCAGCUCUUCCUGUCUGAAGUCCUGGCAUGCUUUUUGCAACUCUGUUGGGGAUAGCUGUACCAUCUCUGGUUUCCUAUACUGAAUAAGUCUUUUGGGUAGCUUGCUCACAGACUUCGGUACAAAUUCUUUGUAAUAUGGUGCAAUGGACAUCAGUGCAGCACUCCUUGGGGCAUUUCUGCUUAAAGACUCAAAAAACUGAACAUGUGCCUCUGAUCCUUGCUUCACUCUUGGACACUGGACUGUGGGACGAGGUAGUGUGAGUUGCUCACCUGUCCUCCCAGCAAUGGCAUUAUCAAGUUUUUUCUUUUUGGAUUUUGCAGAUGAAAAGUCAAUCAUUGCAACUCGAGCAGCAGGAAUCUGUGUGAGAGACAGAGAACAUGUGUGUGUGAACAACAUACAUGUAGGUGCACCUACAUACAUGUAGUAUAAAACUGCCAAAAUCAAAACUAAACUGCAUCCCAAAACAAUCCAAAAUGUGUUGUUUGCGUGAUAAGUGAAUGUAUAGGUCCUCAACUGUCAUAUUUUCCACCCCUGAUUCAGCUCAGAAAAACAUGCAUCUGAAUACCUUUUUGACAUGCGAUGGCAUGAGCCAUUUGCACUUUUCAGUGGUGCAGGAUGCAGUCUCUCUCAUCUUCACACCUGCAUCUAUAGCGAACAGAACCGCUCCAACAUGUGAGCAGGAUUCUGACAAUCUGUAUAGACAGAGACAUACAGGUUGAUUGGAUUAGCUAAACAUUUAUACAACAUGAAUAUUAUACCAAGCAUUAUUUUGUUUGAGCUAAAGUGUUGUGUUAAACAUGCCUUGGGUUGUGAUAUUUAUUAAAUUACUUACCCAGCCAUACAGUUACAGUGUGCUGUAACAACCUCUCCAUCUUCUCUAGCUACAACCCAAGUUUUCAAGGGUGUUUCUCCGGACCUCUGGGAGUGGUUGACCUACAACAUUUUAACUACAGUUAACUAGCUAGCAAAAUACACUUAACAACAUUGAGGCAUACAUCAGGCAUGCAAACUCUCUAACGCUCUUAAUGAAGCGUUUUAUAAAAUCACAGGUUGCAACAUUAUUUAACUGUGGGCUUCUUUCUGUUCAUCUUCAUACAUUAUUUUUACUCAGCUGUUAGCAAGCCUAGUAGCUGCCUGACAUGAGUCGAUGUUGCUAUAGCAACACGGUGGAUUCGCCAAACAGUAGCCUAACGUUAUAUAUAUAAAGAAAACACAUUUACUCACCCGGGCAAAAACAAGUCGACAUUUAUUAAAUGCCUCUUUGGUGCCGAGGUCAUUGACCCAUCCACAUACAAAGUAAUUAAAAGCCUCCAGACUCUUGUAUGCCUUCAUUUGGUUUGCCGUAUAAUAGGAGGUCUGAAGGACGAGGAAGUUGGUAAUGUCCAUCGCUUCGACGGGGGGCAAAUCGGCUAAAUCCCGAGAAAAAUCACUCUUCUUCAGUUCGUAUGGGUCAUAUCCAAUGUGUGCAGCGAUUUUUUCGCGAUACCUGCUGCGGGCAGGUUCGUCGAGGUGCUUCAAGUACUCAGUGUCCUCCAUCUCCAUCAGUCUGGCCUAGAAUUUCCACUUCCUGCCCUCCACUUGAAAUUCCCGCGUCAUAAAAGUCACGUGAUUGAAAACAAGCUAUAUAGUUGUUGAUGCUGGAAGUUUGGACUUUAGACGACGUCCCAUUAACAGCUGUGCAGGAGAUAAUCCUAUACCCUCCAGCGGUGUGUUGCGGUAUUCGAGCAAAGCAAUGUAUGGAUCGCCAUUGCCGCUCUGUGCCUUUUUGAGCAUGUUUUUUACUGUUUGUACAGUUCUUUCUGCCUGACCAUUAGACUGAGCAUGUCCUGGACUGGAAGUAACAUGUUCAAAUUCCCAACUCUCAGAAAACCCUCUGAAUUCACCACUGGCAUAUUGUGGACCAUUGUCAGAGACUACGGAAACUGGGAUUCCGUGCCUAGCGAAUGUCGACUUCAUGGCAGUGAUGACACCUCGGCUGGUUGUGUCACACAACUUGGUGAUCUCUGGAUAUUUUGAAUAGUAAUCUACGCAGAGCAAAUACUCUGCACCAUUGUAGUGAAAGAGAUCUGUGCCAAUCUUCUCCCAUGGUCUUCCUGGCAGUGUGUGGGGAAGUAGAGGUUCUUUGGGAUUGCUGUUUUUGUUUUCAUUGCAUACAGCACAUUGAGACACAACGCCCUCUAUCUCAGUUGACAUGCCUGGCCAGUAGAGAAUAUCCCUAGCUCUCUCUUUACAUUUCACUAUGCCAAGAUGUGACUCAUGGAUUUUGUUCAGCAUUUCCUGUCUCAUCUGGUUUGGCACAAUGAGUUUUGCAGCUUUGAACAACAGUCCUGAUGCAUAGCUGAUUUCCUCUUUGAAUGUCCAGUAUGUUUUAAUUUAUUUUGGAACAUCAUCUCUUUCUUUUGGCCAUCCUGUCAUUGGGAUGUCUCGUAGCAUUUGCAUUUCCGGAUCAUCCGUUGUUGCCUUUCUGAACAUGAUUAAUUUCUUUUCUGAGAUGGGUAGUUGUGGUGUAACCCAGUUGACUUCCAACUCCUCUCCGAGCAAAUCUUCUUUUUGCUCUUUUAGGAAAGCACGGCUCAGAGUGUCAGCGAUGUACAGCUCUUUCCCUGGCUUAUAGGUAACUUUGAGCGUGUACCUCUGUAGUCUGAGAAGCAUCCUUUGCAAUCUCAUGGGAGCUUGGUGGAGUGGCUUUUUGAGGAUGCUCUCAAGCGGUUUGUGAUCACUCUCAACUUUAAUGUCUCUGCCAUAUAAAUACUGGUGGAAUUUCUCACACCCAUAAACUAUGGCAAGUAAUUCCUUUUCAAUUUGCGCAUAUCUGCGCUGACAGUCAGUAAGCACUCGUGAUCCAUACGCUACAGGCCUUCCAUCUUGCAGUAUUACAGCUCCUAUGCCUUCUGAACUGGCAUCCACAGACAAUGUCACAGGCGCUUUCACAUCAUAGAACUUGAGUGUUGGUGCAUUGGUAACCAACUUCUUCAAUUGUUCAUAGCUUUGCUUUUGCUCCUCUUCCCAAUGCCAUUCCGUGUCAUUCUCUAGCAGCUUUCUCAGUGGAGCGCUGACCUCAGACAGGUUGGGAAUGAACUUUGCAAGAUAUUGUAUCAUGCCCAUGAAUCUCAUCAGCUCCUGUUUGUCUUGUGGUGGUGGUAGCUGUACCACAGCUCUCACUUUUUCAUCAUCUGCUUUCAGCCCAUCAGUGCUGAGUACAUGACCUAUGUACUUGAUCUCUGUAGUUCUGAUUUUACAUUUGUUUCUGUUCAAUUUCAAGUUGUACUCCCUUGCUCUCUCCAAGACCUUUAUCAAUCUCUGAUCAUGUUCCUCGAUUGUGUCACCCCAUACAAGCAAAUCAUCGAUAAUGUUGACUACUCCUUCCAGGCCUUCAAUCAUUUGUGCCACGGAUCUCUGGAACACCUCAGAUGCAGAAGAGAUUCCAAAGGGUAGACGGAGGAACCGAUAUCUCCCUAUAGGAGUGUUGAAUGUGCACAACUUGGAACUUUCUUCGUCCAGUUUAAUUUGCCAAAACCCUUGAUUUGCGUCUAGCACAGAAAAGUACUUUCUUGCUUUUUCUUGCUAGUACUUGCUUUUGGUAUACGGGAGACAACCUCUUCAACGGUUAGCAGUGGAUAGUGCUCUCGUUUUAUUGCCUGAUUAAGAUCCUGUGGAUCCAUGCAUAUCCUCAUCUUUUUCGGUGUGCCCACCGUCACCAUGCUACUCACCCAGUCUGUCGGUUCUAUUUGUCUUGUUAUCACUCCAUUCUGUUCCAUCCUGUGUAGUUCUUCCACUACUUUGUCCCUGAGAGCCACUGGAACCUUUCUUGGAGCAUGCACAACUGGUGAAAUCGUUGGAUCAAUCUGAAUAUGGUGUAUCCCUGGUAAACAUCCUAAACCAGAACACAAGUCAUCAAAGUCAUUCGGAAUGUCAUUGUCCUUUUUUAUAUCAUACACUCUCUUCACCAAGCCUAACUUAGUGCAUGUUUUCUUCCCCAAUAUUGCUGGAACAUUUUGCUGCGUGAUCUCAAACUCAAUCUUGUGUUUCUGUCCUUUGUGCACACAAGUGAGUUCUCUCUUGCCCAAUGGCGCCGACUGGUGGCCGAAAUAUGCAACAAGCCUGCAGGUGGAUUUUUUCAGCUUUCCUCCGAUGUCGAGUGAGUUGAACGUGUCUGCUGACAUCACAUUGCAACCUGCACCAGUAUCAAGCUUAAAUUUCACCUUUCUCCUGUUUAUCUUUUGUUCUUCAGUCCACUCAUCGCCAUCCUCCAUCUCUGCAUUGUCAAUCUUUUUGAUGCAUACUUCUUGUUCCACAUUGAUUGUGCCAAUGAACAUGUUAUGGUCACUGUCACUCUGUUCCACAGCAUGCAUUUUUCUUGUGUGGCCUUGUGCCUUGCACAUCUUUGCAAAGUGAUUCUUUUUCUGGCAUGACUUACAUGUCUGACCAAAAGCUGGACAUUUCUUGUAUUCAUGUUUAUAUCCACAUCUAUUGCAAUCAAAUCCCUUUUGCUCAUCCUGUGACGCUGGCUUUGUUCUGCCCUUUUCAGCUCUUUCUGUCUUAGCUGUAUUCACAGGUCUUAUUUUAUGCACUUCAACUUCUUCAUUGAGCAUUUUAACUUGACUUGACGUGAUCUCAUUGGCUCGGCAGACAUCAAUGGCUUUUUCUAACGUAAGAUCCGCCUCUCUUAAUAGUCUUCAAAACGUAUCAAAGAGUCAUGUAAAAGUCCAAACUCACAAUCUUUGGCUUUGCUCUUCAACUCCGUCACGUAGGCGUCUAUGGUCUCUGUCGGUCCUUGAGCCUUUGUGAAGAACAUAUGUCGGGUGUAUGGAAGGUUCUUUCUAGGCUCACAGUAAUCUUUGAACUUUUCUUUCAACACUUGAAUUUUGUCUUUCUCAGCUUCACUGAAGACAAACGUGUUGUAAACCUUUAUCGCCUCUUCACCCGCCACGUGCAGAAAAGUAGCACACUGCACCGCCUCAGACUUUUCAGCUAUUCCGCUAGCAGUACAAAACAGCUCCAACUUCUGGAUCCAUAAUUUCCAGUUUUCCGCAAGAUUACCUUGUAGGCUCAAACUUGACGGUGGCUGUAACUGUGCCAUUUUUUCUUUUCUCUUUUAUCAUUCCGUGAUUUCUUCUGACACCAUGUUGUAUAUUGAUGUGACUCGGACACAUGCGCUGCUUAGAAUCAAAAACACGUCUUUACUUGUUGUCCGCCAUUAUACAAGUACAUGCAAUUACGUCCUGACGUCAUACAACCUGAACUACGGAAACACACACAAUACAUUACAGGUAUUUGGUUGAUUUGUCGGUUUUUAGUCUAUAGUUGAGCUGGAAAUUGCCAACAGAACAGCUCAGCUAUUCUAUAUUUGAUCUCAAAUGUAUUUAAACUUGAUCACAUUAGCUAUUUGUUUAACUCUUCACUUUAUUUGUUUCCAAACAUUUUAACUGUUUUAAAUUGUGUGCAUGUUUACAUUGUUUACUCCAUUUAGACUCUUUUCAAAUCCCUUCACUUGAUUUAAGCCAUUUAACAUUUCUUAACGUCCUAAACUAUGUGGCUUUACUAAAAUAUAUUUUCGACCCGCAUUUUGCACUACAGCCCUCACCGCAUUUUCUGCAGGAAAUACAUUUUCUAGUAUUCAUAUUUAUUUUUUCAUUUAAUAAUUCAAUAGUUAAAUAAAGAUGUUCUAACAUGAAUUCAUGCCUAAAUUCAUCUCAACACAUAGGCCUGGCCUAAAGGAAAGAGAAGUUUAUAUGUUUUAUGCUUCCAAUGUUGUGUUGGUCAUACUAUGGAAUGAUUUAUUGCUUGUUGAGUGAAUAAUACAGAACAUAAGGAACUUUAAAGGUGGAAGAAGCAGAUUUUCAAAACGGCUUGUAACAGCUAAUUGCACUCUAUAGCUAAUUACACAGCUAAUUAUAUGCAAUAAUAUGUCAACUUUUGGAAAGAAAAAAUCGCAUUUUAAAUCGCAAUCGCAAUAUUGGUAGAAAUAAUCGCAUUUCGAUUAUUUCCCCAAAUUAUUCAGCCCUUCUAAACAGAUCAAAUGUUGUGUGGUGUAUAAUGCUCUAAUAUUUAUGUAUGACGUGCUCCGAGCCCUCAGUUUGCAGCAUGUUCGCAUGUAUAGAUAUAGAGACGAGUAACAAGACAAUGACAAUACAAAUUUGGUGGUGACUUUUCUGUGAUACCUCCAAGCCAGUAGGCAUGCAUCUCGACGGUCACUCUUCAAGAAGUUUCAAUUUGGACGAGUAUUUUAAAAGUGAGAGUUUAUGGAUUCAACUCACAGUCUUCUUCCCCAAACCCCUUGUUGUU